AUGGCUGAUACCAAACUUAAGUUGAAGAGCAGAGAGGACCAAAUUUUUGAAGUGGAAGUAGGAAUAGCUCUCCAAUCUCAACUCAUCAAAAGCGUCGUUGAAGACUCUGGGACUGAAGAAGAAAUCCCUCUCCCUAACGUAAGAGGACCAAUCUUAGAAAAAGUCAUUGAAUAUCUUCGUCACUAUAAAGAUUCUCAACCCCUGGAUAUUGAAAGGCCACUAAAAGCUGACGCUUUCGAGGAGUCAGUACCGGCUUGGGAUUCUGAAUUUAUAAAACUCCGACCUGAUGUUGUUUUAGAGCUUCUCUCAGCCUCCAACUAUUUAGAUAUUAAGCCAUUAAUCGAUCUAUGUGCAGCAAAAAUAGCUUCUAUGCUUGAUGGAAAGAGCCCAGAAGAAAUCAGAAAUUAUUUUGGCCUUGAAAACGAUUUAACACCAGAGGAACAAGAAAAAUUCCAACAAGAAGUUAAGUGCUUGGAGAUUGAAGACCCAGUCGUUUAG